GACAAUUUGGCCCUACGCAGAGGGACCCUGCGGUUGGUGAAGCGCGUGCAGAUGAGCCUUUACAGUUGCUUGUGCAGGGCAUGCGCCAGCUGCAGCAAGCAUACCUUGGAAAGACCGACUCCAAGGAUGUUGAGUUGAAGGGGUCUGUAGAAGUACCCUCGAUGCCAGAUGUUGGCCCUGAGGCUUCGGUCGCUUUCGCGGACUGGCUGUACGAGCUGGAGCAGGCGGUAGGAGCCCUCUCGGACAAGGCGUCAGUUUGGUUUUCUGCAUGUUUGGAGGUGGCACGUCAAGCUUACAUGGAAUAUAGUUUGGCAUCUCCAAUGAGGAGGCUUUCUUUGCAGCCUCAGAUUCCUGAAGCUUUGAAGGACCCCAAAUGGUCGCGACUCGAGCGACGGGUGAUGACCCUGCUCCUUGGGGCCAUGAAGCGACCUGCCAAGGAGGAUGCAGUUACACACCGCAUUGCAGAUGUCCCUUCCUUGCUGUUCCGUUUGCAUGUGCUGUACCAGCCGGGCGGAGUGUCUGAACGUGCCGCGGUGCUUAAGCAUUUGGAGGGCAAGGCUGGAGGUGAAGACAUCCACGAGUGCAUUGCUGCUCUGAGGAAGUGGCGGCGUUACCUUGAAAGGGCAGAGGCUAUGCAAGUCUCUGUCCCAGAUCCUUCAAUUCUUCUUGCGGGUGUGGAGUUGAUGGUCAAAAGGGUUAUGGCUUCCCAUCCUGAAGUGAAGUUCCGCAUAGACCUCAUGAAGAACGAGCUCCAACUUCAGGGUCGUCCAACUCAGGAGGGAGUCUUACGUUUACAUACGCAUAUCCUUGCGGAGCUUCAGAUGAUAGCACCUACUUCUUUGAGCCCCACUACCUCUACGGCGCUGAAGGCUAUUGGUACAGGGCAGGCAGGAACUGGUGAAGCUUCGUCUCCCACAAACUCCCCGAAAAGAGGACAAGCAGGGAAGCUUCUGUGCAAGUUUUUCCUCUCCAAAACGGGGUGCACGAAGGGUUCUACAUGCAAGUUUGACCAUACCUUUGAGUCCAGGGAGGAGAAGCGUGCAAGGUGCUGGGGGUGUGGAAGCCAGCUGCACAGGAGGAACGAGUGCCCUGUGGCGGCCAAGUUUGGAAAGGGUCAAAAGUCUCCUGGAAAGGGGGGUAGGCAGCCAGUAGCUGGCCUGACACCCGGAACGUCCCUGAUGCCGGUGUCUGCGCCCUCGAGUUCACAGCAGGCGAUCCUGGAGUCUAUUCAAGCAGCCCCUCCUUCUGGUGCAAGUCUUCCUUCGGAUACGGCAGCCUCAACUUCAUCAGCAUCUACUUUGACUCAACCUCCUGCAGUUCCAAGUGACUCUGAGGUCAAGGACUUGCUCAAGGAAGCCAAUGCUAUGCUGAGUAAGCUUGCCAAACUUCAAGCCUUGGAGGUCAAGACCAAUACCAGUGUUGGAGAGCUGAGUGCCGUUAUUCGAUCAGCAGGGCUGUCUUCCGAGGAAGGUUUUGCUUUGUUGGAUACCGGAGCUUCUCAUGCCUUUAAGACUGCUGAAGGGGCUGAUUUGGAAAGGGCUUCACCGGUACGCGUGGAGCUUGCAGGUGGCCAGUAUGUGACCCUCAAACAGAACAAGGCGGGGACCUUGCUGGCAGCGGCCCAAGAUGAAGGAGCUCCAAACGCUACCCCCAUUCUUCCCUUGGGGGCUUUGGUCCAGCAGUUGGGUUGUGAUCUGACAUGGACAAGAAAGGGUGGUCUCAAGGUGGUUCAUCCUCAGUUUGGCGUCCUGAAGACCUUUGUAAAGGGCAAUCAUCCUAUGUUGGCUGAGACCCAGGCUUUGGAGAUUAUAGCGCAGCUUGAAGAUCUUCAUCUCAAGGCUUUGGAGUCUACUACUGCCAAGACCUUCGUUCGCACUUUGGACUUAGAGGAGCUCAGGACUUGGGACUUUACGCUCGGCAAGUUUGUGGCCACUGGAGAUCGGGGAUGCCUGCUAGACGCUCUUACCUCGCCAGGCUCUCCGCUCGGAUCUUUGCCACAGCAUAUUCUUUCCCUUGCUGCAGUCCAUGUGGGACUAGAUGAUAAACAAGGGUGGAAGUACUUGAAGUCCAUCCCACUGAAUAGAGCUGCUCGUAAGGACAUGAUGACUAAGCGCUGGGUGGUUAGACUCUUCCGGCGAGAAGGCGAGGCCAACCUCUCCAUCAGCAACUCUGAGAACGCCAUUGUGGUGGAUUGCAAUGUGGCAAGGAGCAAGCGUUUCUCCUUGAAGGGAGAGAGUGCCAUGUACAAAGCGCUCAUGUGGGCGGCAGCGCGCGGCCAACUUGAAGGGGUUAUAGGAAGUCCUCCUGUGAAUGAUGGCACAGAGCUCCUGACAAGGCAGCUCCUUCUCUGGAUCGUUGCGCGACAAGGGGCAAUGGUUCAUAGGUUUGUGCCUCCCUAUCUGGUUCUGGGUUCGACUCCGGCAAGUUCAAUGUGGAAGUCUGACAUCUGGGCUUCUUUCAGGCAGGAGUACUACGUGCCGAUGAUGCAGUUUGAAUCAAGUAAGGAUGGCGCAAACUACUUGUUUGCUACGAACCUUGCGAUCAAAGGAAAUCUUCUUCCUCAAGAAAGCGUGGAAGUAAAGGGUGGUUUGGCAGAAAGGGCGUGGCCGAAUCUUUGGAGAACCCCUUUCCUUCAGGAGCUGGGCUAUGCUGUUGAUCGCUGGAGGAGCCAUCCGGAAGAGCUGUACCUUGGCUACCUGCUCUAUAAGUUGGAUUCAGAUGGGACAAAGGGUGAGUAUGCUGGAUCCCGAGGAUAUCGGUAUGCCUUGCUUGGAACGUAUGUCACUGGCUACAAGGACAUUCCUAUCCCCAAGGAGCCAGACUUUGAGCCCGAAGCUAUUCCUGGUGAAGAGGAUUUUCUGGAAGAACAGGGCCCUCAAGACCCUCCUUUGGACCCUAAGGACCAGGCGGAACUGGAGCAGUCGAACGAGAAGUUCCAGGCGUUGUACAAGGAGAUUGGCGACACGAUGGAGUACCAGACGCUUCACUACGCCAUCCCCUUAAAGUCUCGCCUCAUGCCUGAAGUUGAUGCUGCGGUGAAACAGCUCUACCUCCAGAUUCGUGCAGAAGGGCUGCCUGUAACCCGAGUUCAUUCAGACCGCGCCAGAGAGCUCAGGGGAAGUGGAUUGCGUGAGUGGCUUCUUCAUCGGGAUGUCCUUCCCACUACUGGGGAGGCACAGGCGCCCCAAACCAACGGGAGAGCUGAAGCAGGGGUCAAGCGCGCGAAGACUCGCGCAAAAACUCUUCUGAGGACCGCUGGCUUGGAUCCUUGCUGCUGGCCCUUUGCUAUGUCCUUUGCGGCGUUUCAGCAGAGAGAAUAUGCUCUUGGCCGUUCCAAGAAUGUGAUACCCUUUGGCUCCCCUGUGUUGGUCAAAAAGAAAGUCUUUGGAGCUGGAGGCAGAUAUGAUUUGGAUGAUCGAUGGGAAGGCGGAGUUUAUGUGGGUCCGUCUUCGGAGCUUCGGCAAGGCCAUGUGGUUCGGUUUCCUUCUGGGAGGAUCGUGACCUCGCUUCAUGUUAGAACGGGUGUGGUGGACUCAGAUGGUCUUGCGCCCCUGGAUCCUGUUGAAGCGAGUUUUCUCAGGCCUUCCCGAAGAAUCACUGGAAAAAGACCUUUGGAGCCCCACGAAGCGCGGCCUCAUGCAGACCCUCCAGAACCUCCAGAAGUUUCCUUUGACCGUGAGCAUCAAUCAGGGUUUGACAUGGGUCAUGUAGAAGCUGCAGGAGUUUGGACAGAUGAAGAACCAGUAGUUGGUUUCCUCGGCAAGGGUGUCCCGCAGUUGAUGGCAUAUAGUGUUCAUGCAGACCAUCCAGAACCAGCAGAAGUUUCCUUUGACCGUGAGCAUCAAUCAGGGCAUUUUUGGAACCAGGUCUCAACAUCCAUCAGGGCAUUAAAGCCCCUUUCCGAACCUGAGCGUCGAGCGGAGGAGCUAGCAGAGUCCUAUCUCGAGGCCGGCGUCAUGGGCACCAACUUGGUUCUCAAGCUGUUUGAGGUGCUAGAAGAAGUGCGUCAGCUGUUUUCGAGGGCUUCAAAGAGGCAGCCUAAACAAAAGGCUUCGAGCUGGGCGACUGGGGUUUUUACACAUGGUGGUGUUUCGGGGCUGCGAGAUGGUUCGAAGCGCUUGCCUGCAGUAACCAAGUUCCUGGCUAAGUUCGCUAAGGAAGUUAUGGGUGCCAAGCAGUUUGGGACAGUUGUGAUCCAAAGGAAUGGCGGUGGAAGUGCUCAUCGUGACUGUCAUAACUUGCCUGGAAGCAGGAACUGGUUAUGUCCUCUGACGUCCUUUGAAGAUGGAGGUUUGUGGAUCCAACAGGACCCCUUUGCUACGGAUAAGGAGACGGAGGGGAUCGCUGUAGAGAAGGAAGUUAAGCCUGGUGUGUAUGUCAAGGGCAAGGUCGUUGAAGCAUUGAAGGGCAAGCCAUUUUCGUUUGAUCCAAGGCUUUGGCAUGAAGCACAGCCUCAUUCUGGAGACAGGGUCAUGGUUGUAGCGUAUACUCCGAGACUCAGUAACUUGGAUGAAGCGGAGGCGGAGUACGUGAAGAGCCUUGGCUUUCCUAUCUUUGGUGAGGAGGACGGCGUCCGCCCUAGGCAUGAUUCUUGUGAGGUUUCUAAUGCGCAUGCAUCUGGAGCAGAUGAUGGUGAUCAAGACUUGGCUUCUCCUUUGCUUUGUUUGAAUGAGACCCAUUGUCAGCUUUUGGAGGAUCUGCAAGACCGUAGUCAGUCUCUGAGACUUCUCUUGGAGGAGGAACAAGCCCUUGCUGAAGACUUGAAACAGGCGAACUCUCUUGUUCUGGAGGAGACGAGGAAGACCCAGUUCUUCAUUGACACGAUGCUGAAAAAUGCUACAGAACUUCUUUCUGCCCAAGAUCGGGCGGCUCUUAAGUUGUGCUUGAAGGCGGCUUCCGAUAGCGACGAGCCUGACUAUGAAAGCUUGCUCGAGUCCUUGGAUAGCGACCUUCAGGUUGUUCAUACGGUUCCGUUGACACAGGUCAAACCGGUUGUUGAUCGAUGGCACGUGGCUAUACGUAAAGAACUGGACAAUCUUUUUCAGGGAGGAACUUUGGUGGAGAUCAGCCGCGAAGAGGCCCUUCGUCUAGAACGCCAAGGUCUUCUUAGACUUGUACCUAGCAAGGGUGUGCAUACGCUGAAACCUCCUGCCCGCAAGAACGAAAAGUACAAGCGUAAAUAUCGCCUUGUGUUGUGCGGCAACUUUGUGGCUCCUGAAGAACAGUUCGGCUCAUUGUAUGCUGGAGGUGCCUCAGCUGAAACACUUAGAACUGUGUUAACUGUGGCGGCCAAGAAGAAGUGGUUGGGGGCAACGGCUGAUAUUACAGGGGCCUUCCUCCUUGCGCCUUGGCCUGAACACCUCCACCGCUACGCGGUCAUGCCGCCGAAACUCCUGGCGGAUAAUGGAUACGUGACUGAAGGCUUCUUUUGGCUCGUGCAGAGGCCAUUGUACGGCCUUAGGGAGUCGCCCGCAAUAUGGGCGUCCUACCGCUCUGCCAGGCUGUCCAAGGCUCGCAUCUUCUACAAGAACAAGCACCUUGUCUUGAGGAUGUCAAAAGUAGACCCUGAACUGUGGCUUAUCUUCUAUGAGGACGAGGAUGGCUUGCUGGGUUGUGUAAUAACGUACGUGGACGAUUUGCUCUAUGUUGCAGAUAGUGGCCUUGUCAAGGCGGUCCAUGCGUGGGUUCUGGAAGAAUGGCCAUGUAAUGAACUUGAAUGGGCUUCAGUUGGCAAUGGAACGCGCUAUCUCGGCAUGGAGGUGUUUCAGCGUCCCUCUGGUGCCUAUGAGAUCCAUCAAAAGGGGUACAUCCUGGACUUGUUGCGUUCUCAUGGAAUGGAGGAUUCACCUGGAACUUUGCUUCCCUGCCCCAGGGAAUGGAUCUCUGAUGAUAUAUCCUCCGAACCCGAAGUUUUUACUGAAGCUGAGUUGCGAUUUGGACAGCGGAUGGUGGGUGAACAGCUUUGGCUUACUAUGCGGUGCCGUCCAGACUUGCAGUUUGUAGUGAGUCAUAUGUCACAGUGGGUGACCAAGCAUCCGAGAAGAGUGGCCCGCAUCGCCAAGAGAGUCUUAUCCUACUUGGCCUCUACUUUGGAGCUUAAGCUUGUCCUUGGUGGUGAUGUUGACUCAGCAGCAGCAAGCAGCAGCAACCACAGCACAGCAGCGACCAGCGCACUAGAGGUUGCCUUAGUGGGUUAUAGUGAUGCUAGCUUCGCACCCUAUGGUGGUAGGUCGUAUGGAGCUCCUUUGAUAACACUGUAUGGUUCUCCUAUUGCUUGGAAAUCUGGUAGACAGGGUAUGGUCACCCUCAGUACCAUGGAAAGCGAGCUUUUGGAGGCUACAAGUGCUGCUACUCUCCUGGAAUGCGUAGGUUGCCUGAUUGAUGAAAUCUAUGGACAAAGGGUUCCCAGACAUCUGCGAGUGGACAACAGCUCAGCUACGGCCAUGCUGUGCGGUGGUCCUGGAUCAUGGAGGACAAGACACUUGAGAGUUCGAUCUGCUUUUGUAAGGGAACAAGUUCAAGAAGGUCUCUUGGAUGUGUCUCAUGUAGAAGGCCGUAAACAACUGGCGGACCUCGCUACUAAGAUGCAUCCUCGUGCUCGUCUUCUGGAUCUGCUGGUGCAAUGGGGCUUUGAGGGUUUGCCUGUGGACGCAGUUCAGCAGCAGAUGCUGCAGGUCCUCAUGGUGAGCUGUGUUGCGUUGGCGUUGGAUCGUAUCCCUAGAGCAGAGGCAACAACCACAGACAGCGCCUCCAAGAAGGAUCCUCUCGCAUCAGCUGGGGUAGAUGAGCUACUGCUUGUUUCAGGAGUGGUUGCAGCGUUGGCGGUGGUAGUGUGGGAGCUUGCGAAAUGGUUUUUCAGGUGUUUACAUCGCCGUGUGAAAAAGGAGUCGAAGCUCAAAAGGCUUCGUGAGCUCGCCCGGCUUGCUGCAGAGGUCGAGAUUGAUCGGAUUGAAGCUGAGCAGAGGCUUCCAUCAUCAGGAGAGGUUCGUGGAACUGUGCAGACGGCUCUCCCAGUCCCAUGGGACUGGGAGAGAGUCUGGGCGACCUGUGGUGACUGCUGA